UGUUGGCAGACAGCAGCAGCAGCAGCGAUGGCAACACUCUACCCCUCCCUGGAGGACAUGAAGGGCCACCAGGUCCUGCAGGCACAGGCAGCAGCUGGGGUGAGGACCCCUGCCACCACAGUGGCCACAGAGAAGCCAAAGCUCACCUCUGCCACCACAGUGUCCACAGAGAAGCCAAAGGUCCCCUCGGGCACCGAGCCUCCUGUGCUGUACCCCAACCUGGCCGAGCUGGAGAACUACAUGGGGCUGGCGCUCUCCAGCGAGGAGAUCCAGAAGAACCUGGGCACGGAGGACAGCACCGCGCUGACCCCCGUGGGGCCCUCCCCAGGCCAGCUGGUGGCUCCCCUGAGCGGGCACAGCGCGGGGCUGCGGCGGGCAGAGAUCAAACCGGGCGUGCGGGAGAUCCACCUGUGCAAGGACGAGCGCGGCAAGACGGGGCUGCAGCUCAAGAACGUCGACCAGGGCAUCUUCGUGCAGCUGGUGAAGGCCAACUCGCCAGCAGCGCUGGUGGGGCUGCGCUUUGGGGACCAGGUGCUGCAGAUCGAUGGCAAGAACUGCGCGGGCUGGAGCAGUGACAAGGCACAGCGCGCCCUGAAGAAGGCCAACCCUGAAAAAAUCGUCAUGGUGGUGAGGGACAGGCCAUUCCAGCGCACCGUGACCGUGCACAAGGACAGCACCGGCCACGUCGGCAUCGUGGUGAAGAAAGGGAAGAUUGUGUCGCUGGCCAAGGACAGCUCGGCCGCCCGCAACGGGCUCCUCACCCACCACUGCAUCUGCGAGGUGAACGGCCAGAACGUCAUCGGCAUGAAGGAUAAGCAGCUCAUGGAGGUGCUGGCAGGGGCUGGGAACGUGGUGACGCUGACCAUCAUCCCCACUGUGAUCUACGAGCACAUGGUCAAACGGCUCUCAUCAGGGCUGGUGAAGUCAUCCAUGGACCACUCCAUCCCUGACCUGUGACACCAUCGCUGCUGUUCCGGGAGCUGAUGCUGGAAGCCCGGCUGAGAGGACCCCACAGCACCUCCAAAUGAGCUAUUCUGGCACAAAACCCCUUAUCCUGUCAGAGUCUGGUGGCUGCUGGGUGGUUCCUCCUCUCCUCAGCAAGGAUGGGGCAGCUGUCCUGUACCAGGGUCCCACUGUCCUCGUGUCCCUGCUUGGGCCACCCCCUCAGGGCAGAUGCCAAGGGCUGGCUCCAGCCGAAGCAGACACAGACCCAGCGACAUUUAUUACAUCCACCACAGACAGCGAGUACAGGACAGGGGAAACAAGAAGAGGGGGGUUACAGCUUUUUCAGUUCUGUAUUUAAAAAAUAUAUUAUAUAGAUUUGUCUUUCAAA